GCCCUUCUUCUUUCCCCGCGCUAUCGUCCUAUUAGUUCUUGUUUUGAACUGUGACGGGUAUUUCCGAUUCAAGGACGGGUUCUCAUAGGGCUAUUGUUUAGUUGGACACGCCCUUUGGCCGUGUUUGGUUGAAGGCGUAGAUUUUUUUCGCCUGCCCGAAGCUCAUAGUGUAUCUACUUGGAGUGGCUGAUCGGAACAACCUAGCGAACUAAAGGUGCCCCUGUCUGGAUAACAUACCUGUACCUCCAUUCACCUGUCCAACGAUUAUAAAUAUCUAUCGUUCUACACGAUCUAUCUACACGAUCUAUCCCCACAUCUUUGUCCCAUUCCUUCCGCUCUCUUGGGACUCUAUUUGCAUCUGCGAGCGACAGUUUGAACAUCAAAUAACACAUAAAUAUGGAUAAAACGGAGCUGAUUCAGAAAGCCAAGCUGGCGGAGCAGGCUGAGCGUUACGACGACAUGGCUUCGUCCAUGAAGGAGGUAACUGAGAAGGGGGCAGAGCUGUCGUGUGAGGAGAGAAAUCUUCUAUCGGUUGCCUACAAGAACGUUGUCGGGGCCCGGAGGUCCGCAUGGCGGGUCAUCUCCGCCAUCGAGCAGAAGACAGAGGGCAGCGACAAGAAGCUUCAGAUGGUGAAGGAAUACCGGACUAAGGUGGAGACCGAGUUGCGAGACAUCUGCAACGAUGUAUUGGGGCUGCUGAGCAAAUAUUUGAUUGAAAAUGCUCCUAAUGCGGAGAGCAAAGUGUUCUAUUUGAAGAUGAAGGGAGACUACUACAGAUACCUGGCUGAGGUGGCCUCCGCAGAUGACAAGAAGGAGACGAUAUCCAACUCUCAAGACUCGUACCAGGAGGCGUUUGACAUCAGCAAGAAGGAGAUGCAGCCCACCCACCCCAUCCGCCUGGGCCUGGCCCUCAACUUCUCUGUCUUCUUCUACGAGAUCCUCAACUCCCCAGAGAAGGCCUGCUCACUGGCCAAACAGGCCUUUGAUGACGCCAUCGCUGAGCUCGACACGCUGAGCGAAGACUCGUACAAAGACAGCACCCUCAUCAUGCAGCUGCUUAGGGACAACCUCACACUAUGGACGUCUGAUAAUGCAGCAGAUGAGCCAGAGACUGGAGAGGAAGGAGAGAACUGAGAUGCUCCCUGUCCUUCCUUGCCAAGAAAAAAGAGAAAGACCCCCAAAAAUAUUUUACACUUCAUUCCGCAUUGUUCCACUUGAAAUGAUUCUAGUAAUGAGCGCCUUUCGUUACCAAGGAGCUGUCAGUGUAUGGCAAAUUUGACAUAAUUUUUGUUUUCACCACGACUUUUCGGUAUGAAUAAAAACUAAAUUAAUUUAAAGUAAAUAAUAUUGCCAUUCCUGAGUUUGUGUUUGUCCCGGCCUUCCUGACGUGCAGUUUCUGCUGUGGAAAAGUAUUCGCUUCACUUUAACAUUAACUGUCUGUUCAACAUGACAAUACAGGAUGUAUGUCUAUGUACACUCCUGUAUUUAUUUGGACAGUGAUGCUAAAGCUUUUAAUUUGUCUCUGUACUCUAGCAUUUUGGAUUUGAGAUCAAAUGUUUUAUGAGACAACAGUACAGACUUUCCUUUUUUUUGGCAAUUCGUUUUGGUUGUUUCUGGUAAUUUUGUGCCCAAUAGAAAUUAAUGGUAAAUAAUGUGUUGUUGUUUUGUGGUCACUUUUAUUGUAAAUAAGAAUAGAAUAUGUUUCUGAACACUUCUACGUUAUGCUAUCAUGAUUACGGAUAAUCAUGAAUGAAUUGUUAAUAAUGAUGAAAGUUAGAGGGUCAAAGAUCGUACCCCCAAAACAUUCUAAAAAUUUCACCAUUACCAAUAACAGUGGAGGUUAGGAUUUUCUUUUGGGUAUGAUAUUUAUGCAUCUGUAACUUUCUCACUCAUCAUUAUUCAUGAUUAUCCGUAAUCGUGGUAUCUUCCACAUUAUUGUAGACGUGUUCAGACACAUUCUAUUCUUACUUCCAAUAAAAGUGACUACAAAAUUACGCAAUACAUUAUUUACCAUUUCUAUUGGGCACAACAUAAUCUGAAGCAAACAAACAAACUGCAAUUGCAUCCAACCAAUUUGUAGUCCCAAGAUCGAUGUUGUCCUUGCGUGCUGGGAAUAUGGGCCCAAAUACUAAACCUUUGACUACAUUUAAUACACUAAGUGAAUUUGUCUAAAUACUUAUGACACCUUACAAUGGGGGGGACUAGAUGCAUAAUGUGCUUUCAUUUCUAAACAGUGAAAAUACCCUCAAAUAGACCGCCCGAGUGGCGCAGCAGUCUAAGGCACUGCAUCUCAGUGCUAGAGGCGUCACUACAGACACUGGUUCGAUUCCAGGCUGUAUCACCACCGGCCGAUUGGGAGUCCCAUAGGGCGAAGCACAAUUGGCCCAGCGUCAUUAGGGUUUGGCCCGGGGUAGGCCGUCACUGUAAAUAAGAAUUUGUUCUUAACUGAUUUGCAUAGUUUAAUAAAAAAGGCAAAUUAAAAGGUGACAUUUUGUACUGUCGCCUAGUAUGAAAUAUUUGAUUUCCAAUCCAAAACAUUUGAUUUCAAGUCCAUAUUGCUGGAGUGAAGAGACAAAUUAAAUGUUUUGCUUCACUGUUCAAAUAAAUAUAUGUGUGUGUCCAGAAAGAUCUAUUUAGUACGUUAUGAAAGACCAUUUGCAAACGGCGAGCAUGGAGCAGCCUGGGCAUAUGGUGGGGAGGAAAAGACAUGUCAAGCUGACCCAAAUUUUACAGCUAUUCUGGCGUGCCUCCACGGUUUGGUCUUCCAAAAAGGGUGCAAGGUAGUUGCAUCUGCCAGCACCUGCUGGACCAUGUAAGCCAACCUGUCAUGUUGGUUCUGUCCCAAAUGGCAACCUAUUCCCUUUUAUUAUGCACUACUUUUGACCAGAGCCCUCGUCAAAAGUAGUGCACUAUGAAGGAAAUAGGGUGCUAUUUGGGAUGCAAAUUGUAUGGUAACUUGAACACUCCUGCCACCUGUAUUGUAUGAAGCUGCUGUGGUUGUCCAGCCAGUGGUUGCGUCCCUAUUACCUAUAUUAGUGCGCUACUUUUGACAUGGCACCUAGGGCUCUGGACAAACGUAGUGCACUAUAUACAUGCUAUUUGGGAUGCAGACUGUCAGCGGAGCAUGUGCUAUACAUGGGCUCUUGUUACAAAGUCUCUCCCUUUUCGACGGUCACAACACUCCUUUCUAGUUAUUAUAUUAUUCAACAUUGAGGUGACCAUUUGUUACUCUUUUAGCAUGUCUGACAGUAAAAAGGUGACACUUUUAUGAAGACAAAAAAAAAUACAAAUAAAUAGUGAAAUGACAAAAUAAGUAAUGCAUGCCCAUUUUUCAAUGUACACUGGAAUGGGAAUCAAUAUUGCAUACACAAAAUCCCAUUUGUUUUUGCUUCGUACUUUUCAUUGCAGGUUUGUGCACAUGUUAGAGGGUGUUCGGUUUGUCCAGUGAUUGUCUUUAGAGAUUCGGAUCACUUUAGUGUUUUUGCUAACCAUUGAUUGUAGUCCCCAAACCUUUGUGAAAAUGUGUAAUUGCCUAUGGAACAUCUAUGUAACAUUAAUAAAAAUGACAUUUUAUAAACCA